AUGGUGUUCAAUCACUCUCGUUCUACUUCUUCGUGUAGCGACGUUGAUUUUAGCUUUGCUUUUAAUGAUAGUAAAUUCUCCGAUAGAAUUCUACGUAUUGAGAUCGUGGAAAACCUAGUUGAUGAUGAGCAUUGUCUUGAUUCCGAUGGUGAUGAUUAUUGGAACCGCCAUUACAAGAGGCAAGUCGAAGAUCUUUACGAUGAACGAAUUUUGAAUACAAAUCAAGCCGAUAUAGAUAAUUGUGUCCUUUACGAAAAUCAAGAGAAAGAGACAACUUCAACAAAUGAAGAACGUCUUUCAGGUGAUGAAUCUUCAAAUAACCAUGAUUGGAGUUGUGAUUGCUCCAUAGAUGUGAGAGUUAGAACAUUAUAUAUUAGUUCUCCUAUCUUGGCUGCUAAAAGUCCUUUCUUCUAUAAGCUUUUCUCAAAUGGGAUGAAGGAGUCAGAACAGACAUAUGUUACACUAAGAAUUAAUGCCAGUGAGGAAGCAGCAGUGGUGGACCUUCUAAACUUUAUGUACACUAAUACGUUAAGCGCUUCUUCAGCAACUGCACUGUUGGAUGUGUUAAUGGCUGCAGACAAAUUUGAAGUUGCUUCAUGCAUGAGAUACUGUAGUCAAUUAUUACGGAACAUGCCAAUGACAUCUGAGUCUGCGUUGCUUUACCUUGAGCUCCCUUUUACUCUCUUAAUGGCCGAUGCAGUUCAACCAUUGACUCGUGCAGCAAGGCAGUAUCUUGCUUCAAGAUAUAAAGAUAUAUUAACGUAA